AACCGAUCUCUGCGCCGAUCUCCACACCCAAUACCCAAUAGAAUAAUGGUGUCCAAGAUCUGCAAGAGGACCCCACCAACAAAGUGCAUCAAAGACUGCCGGAUCCUUCCCCGGCGGCACCGCCGGAAAACCCCUGAGAAUAAGAACGUAGCGGCGGCGUCUGCCACAGUUUUAGCAACCAUCAACAAGUCCAUAUUCACGUGUCAGGGCCGCCUCAUCAGGCUCUUCUCCAAGUUAGCCCGCAUCGGCACCCCGAAUCGCCACAAGGGCUUCAAGAUCCUCAAGAAAAUCCCACAAGACGAAUCCGAAUUCGAACCAGAAACCGAAAACACAGUCCAAAGAACCCUCAUUUUCGACAGUAGCGACAACAGGAAAAACAGCAUUCUCCCACCGAUGAUCUUGCCUAAGAGAACGGUGUUUCUUGAUUUAGACGAGAAAUUGAUCCAUUCCAAGGCAGACCCACCACCGGAACGUUUCGAUUUCGUGGUGAGGCCGAGUAUUGAGGGAGAAUUCAUGAAUUUCUACGUGCUGAAACGACCGAGUACACCAUGGCUAUGGGGUUGA